ACCUACGAUAACUUUGUUUCAUUAGUUGCUGAAUGUGUUUGGGAAAUAAGAGAUAAAGAUAGAAGAGGCAAAGUAUGGAACGAACAACUAAGACCCGCUAUGUUUGAGAUGAAGAGAGCAAUUGACGCCUUAGUUGUUUUAGCAGGUCAAAUUUCAAUGUAUAACGCAAAAAUGAACCCGCAAUGUUCAAAAUGUAAGGCAGCGAUGAGGAAAUAUAACUACUCCGUCAAAGAGAUAGAAAGAAUGAGAAACGACUAUGCAGAUUUAAAGAAAGAAGUAGAAAAGCCAGCAGAAGAUAAAAUGGACAUGUUAGCAUUUCUGAACAAAAAUUAUCCAACUGCUGACGAUUUCCUUCUAUCUGACGUCAAGAAGAAAUAUAAAGAAACCUUCGGCAUUGUUAAAACAUUCGAUGUACUAAAAGAAGAAAUAGAAGCUACAAAACUGUUUAAAGUCAUGAACCAUCGCAACAUAUACCAUGUAAAACGCUUGUAA